UCUGCAGUUGCUUCUCAACUUCAAAAAACUCAAUGAUGGAGCGCUUCUUCAGCACCUUCAAUUAUGACUUCGAACUCAUCCUCCUCACCUGCUGUCUCUUCAUCUCCAGUCGCCCCCUCUAGAUUAGAAGGGGCCAUGGAAAAGAGAAUAGCUAGAAUACAUAGUCUUGAGCAAUACAUACAGCCUUUUGCUAGAUUUUAUCAAUCAAAAGUGCUUCCUCUACAUCUAAACCUUCAACGUUCUUUGCUCCUACAUCCGUUUACUAGAUAUUUUCAAUCAAAAGUAUCACCUCUACCUCGAAACCUUCAAAGAUUUUGGCUCCCACAUCCUGCAAGUGUCAAUCAAACAUUUCAAUUUUGCACCAGCAGAAGCUUCCCGUAUGUACCAAAUUGGUCUUCUUUAAUUAAUAAUUACAUUUACCAAGGAUCAUGGAAAGAGGCUCUAGUCGUGUAUAAACAAAUUCGCCAUGAAGGAGUAUACCUUUUUGGUGCGAUCCCUUUGUUACUCAAAGCUUGUGCUUCUCUUUCGUUCUUUGAUUAUGGGAAGGCUUUGCAUGCAGAGUCCAUUAAGGCUGGUUCAGACAGUGAUGUAAUGAUUGGAACCACAUUAAUCAGUAUUUAUGCCAAGUGUGGUGCUGUUCUUGAUUCCUUUCAAGUGUUUGAAUCUAUGCCUGAGAAAAAUGUUGUCACUUGGAAUGCCAUGAUUAAUGGAUACCUAAAGAAUGGGGACACAAACUCUGCUUUAAUUCUAUUUGACAAGAUGCCAGGACGAACAGAAGUAACUUGGAAUCAAAUGAUUGAUGGGUUUGCAAGGAGUGGGGAUAUUGCCACUGCUCGGCAAUUGUUUGAUAAUGGUCCACCUGAGUUAAAAAAUGUGGGGACAUGGACUGUGAUGGCUGAUGGGUAUGCUAGACAAGGGAAUAUGGAAGCUGCCAGAGAGAUCUUUGGGCAGAUGCCUGAGAGGAAUUUCUUUGUCUGGUCAUGUAUGAUUUGUGGGUACUCGAGGAUAGGCAAUGUCAAAGAGGCUGAGGCCAUUUUUCGGCAGGUUCCAGUACGGAAUUUGGAGAUUUGGAAUUCCAUGAUUUCUGGGUACGUCCAGAAUGGAUUUGGUGAGGAAGCACUGAAAGCAUUUGAUGAUAUGCAAGACGAAGGGUUUCAACCUGAUGAGUUUACUAUUGUUAGUAUUUUAUCUGCUUGUUCCCAGCUAGGGCUUCUAAAUGCUGGUAAGAAAAUCCACCAUAUGAUAAGAAAGAGAGCAAUGAAGACGAAUCAGUUUGUUCUGAGUGGAUUAAUUGACAUGUAUGCAAAAUGUGGGGACUUGAUCAAUGCAAGAUUGGUCUUUGAAGAGUUUAAUGAAAGGAAUAUCUUCUGCUGGAAUGCAAUGAUAUCUGGCUUUGCUAUCAAUGGAAAAUGUCUCGAGGUUCUUGAGUUUUUGGGCAGAAUGGAGAAUUCAAAUGUAAGGCCUGAUGGCAUCACCUUUCUUACUGUACUCACAGCUUGUGCUCAUGGGGGCUUUGUCAAUGAAGCGUUAGAAGUAAUAUCCAAAAUGCUGAAAUGUGGAUUGGAAAUAAGCAUCAAGCAUUAUGGAUGCGUAGUUGACCUCUUGGGGCGGGCAGGGAGAUUAAAGGAGGCUUAUGAGUUAAUUCAAAAAAUGCCAAUGAAACCCAAUGACACAGUUCUGGGGGCAAUGCUUGGUGCAUGCCAGAUUCAUUCAGCUUUGGAAAUGGCUGAACAAAUAAUGAAGGAUAUUAUUAGGGCACAAAGUUUGGACUCUCUUUCUGGCAAUAAUUCUUACAAUGUGCUUAUGUCCAAUAUCUAUGCGGCUUCUGAAAAAUGGGAGAAAGCUGAAAGGGUGAGGAUUGCCAAGGCGAAUGAAGGAUCUCAAAAAACCCCUGGUUGUAGCUCAGUUAUAUCUAGUGGCUCAGAAUGUCAAUUUUGUGCUGUUACCAAAUAA